AUGGACGCUGCCGCAACGCCGACUGCCCGCAUUAACAAGUUCCAAGGGACCAACUUCCACACAUGGAAGUUCAAGAUGCAGAUGGUCCUGGAAGAGCGCGACCGGUGGGAGGUCACAUGUGGAGAAGUCAAGCUUGUGCUUUGCACCAACGUGAUGGAUCAAUCGAAGUUCAAGAGAAAGUCACGCAAGGCGCUGGCGAUCAUCUGUCUCGCGAUGAAAGAUUCGCAGCUGCCGCUGGUCCGUUCAUCGAUUGGAGCGUACGAUGCAUGGUCAAGCCUGGAAGGGCAUUACGAGACGAAGAUUUUGGCGAACCGACUCUUUCUUCGUCGACACUUCUUCACAACGAUGAUGGUGAAGGUGAUGAUUCUAAGCGAGUCGUACCAAAUUCUGAUCACGGCGUUAGAGUCUCGUUCUGACUCUCUGUCGUGGGAAAUCGUGACGUCUCGGCUAAUGCAUGAAGACAUGAAGCGCAAGGAACAAGGUGGCGGCGUCGACGGAUCCGCGCACGGUCAAGGUCAAGCGUUUAUGACAAUCAAUCACAGCAAGCGAAAAGGAGGACGGCCUGUGCAGAAGGCCAGUGCAUGUCACUACUGUGGCGAGCAAGGACAUUGGAUUGCCAAGUGUCCAGUGAGGAUCCGCGAGAAUGCGGAACGGCAGAGGUCGCAAAGAGCAAGCGUCGCGCAGGUUGAAGAAGACUCUGGCGACUUUCUGUUUUCAGUUGAUGGAGAUAACAUCAAGCUGAUUGAAGAGUGGCUGGUCGACUCAGGUGCGACUCAGCACAUUGCAUACUCAAAAGAGUGCAUUAAGAACUACCAGAAGAUCUCGCCAGUGGAUGUGCAUUUGGCGGAUGAUGGCGUGGUACAAGCAGUGGGAAAGGGAGACAUCAUCAUGUCAAUGAGGACAAAACACGGCGUCAAGAAAGGUGUGCUUACUGGUGUGUGGCACCUUCCCAAGUUACGCGCAACCUGUUCUCUACGGGGCGUUUUACGAAGGACAUUGUCCCCGUCACAUUUGACAGUGACGGGUGCUUUGCUCAGUCGAAGAGUGUGA